AUGCAACGCCGAGCCCGGGCACACAAGUCCUCGCCCAAAUUGGCCGCCAAUGUCAGCCUCGGCCCCGGUCACCGACCGGGCGGACCCUACAAAUUCAAUGCGGUGGGCGGAUCCGGCGUGAACGGCACGGGCCUCGGCGCUGGCCAGAAUAAGGACCAAACCCACGGCACCAACGCCAUGACCUACUCCGCCAACUGGGCCGGUGCCGUGCUGGACGGUGUUGAUUUUCAGCUCGUCACGGGCACCUUUGCCGUGCCGACGCCGCGCCUGCCCAAGGACGCCGACGCCAACACCGAGUACGCCGCCUCGGCCUGGGUCGGCAUCGACGGCUCGUCCUGCCAAGACACCAUCCUGCAGGUCGGCCUCGACUUUAGCAUCCAGGGCACCCGCGUGUCCUACGACGGCUGGUACGAGUGGUACCCGGACUACUCCUACAAUUUUGUCAACUUCGCCAUUCGCGCCGGGGACAUCGUCCGGCUGACGGCCGCCAGCAGCAGCACCACGUCCGGCCGCGUCCUCGUCGAGAACCUGACGACCGGCCAGUCGGUCGCCCACACCUUCUCCGGCGAGUCGUCGCCGCUGUGCCAGGCGAAUGCCGAGUGGAUUGUCGAGGACUUUAUGACGGGCAACAGCCUCAAGCCCAUGGCCAACUUCGGGACCGUGACCUUUACCAACUGCAGCGUGACGCAGACGUCCGGCACGCAGCUGGGCGUGACGGGCUCGACCAUAAUCAACAUGCAGCAGAACGGCAACGUGAUGACCAACUGCUCCACGUCGUACGGCAAGACGGUGUCGUGUACAUACACAUAG